UGUCAUAUCCGGAGUUGGAUUGGCGAACUUCUUUCCAGGAGCAGGUCAAAACGAGAAAAAGUUUGUUCGAAAUCGCUUUAGCACCUCGAAAAUCGAUAAAACCUUCUCAAGAAUCGACAGCUUCAAGUGAAGCAGACCUAUCGUAUCUACCAAAAACUUACAAAUUUCAAUUCAUCCUAAACCUUCACGUUUAUCUACGAGAACCAUCUGAACUACAAACAAUACUUCAACAGAAUCACGUAAAAAAUGAACAUUUGUAUGAACUUGAGCAGCACCCUCAACUUAUUUCAAACAAAUCCUUUCUCCCGCUGGAAUGGUUCGACGAUUUCGAGUAUGAUCCAAUGUCGACGGAAAGGUGGCUAUCCAUAGACAAUCUACAAGGAUUCGUAUUGAUCAAGGACCCUGAAUCGCACAUAUGGGGGUGGAAACUGGUAACAGUGGUUGAUUAUGAUAAAUGCAGCUUCCUGUGGACUGUUUCGGAAGGUUCUGAAAGUUGGAAAGUUCCUAGAAUCCGAUUGUACCUUGUGUUUGAAGAUCCGGUUUGCUUCUGUGAACGAAUUGGUUCAGCACUCAACAGCCGAAUGGACGCUGAAAAUCGGUUGAGGUUCUACUACCUUCGGCAGCUGGUAGACGUGGAAGGAUAUUUUGAUCUGUCAAGCGAUAUGGGCGAGCGAAUUUAUAAUAAAUCUAGUGCGGAAGCUUUGGCAGCAUUCAAAUUUCUUUACAGGAAACUUCACAUAAUGCUGUCGUUAAAUGUGUGCCUGGAUCAGAACGAGUGGUUAAACAUCAAACCGAUUCCAGUUGCUAUGGAGCGAAUAUUACCUUCUUGCAAUGACAACAUUCAAAGCCUUUACAACUUUCAAUCGUCGUUUAAAUUAAUCAAGAGAAUUAUCAUGUUCAGUCAUCCUGCAGUACCAAAAGCUCUCGAACAGGUUCAUCAUGAGUGCGAAAGGGUGAGAGAGUUGUCCCUAUUUGCGUUAGAUUUCAAAGAUCCAAUUACACUAGCCGAAUUUAAAACAAUCAAUGAAGCCCAACUGGUGAAGACGAUGCGAUAUUUGAAGAACAACUGGAUUGAAAAAACUACCAUGAAGGUCCAUCAAAAUCUUCUCGAUGCCGGAAGAGGCUGGUUUGACGUUGCAGUGGACGACUGGAUGAUCUACCAAUCAAUAAAGCUUUAUCGACUGAUUGAACAAAUCAAGUACAGAAUGCAGACAGCACUUCGUGACGUUGUACUAAUCUCAACUAACGAAUAUUUCCAUCGCUUGUGUGAUCCCUGCGUUUUAACCUUUACGGUUGAGGAAGACUUCACAUGGCAAGACAAUUUGAUCCAAUCCCCGUUUGACGCUGGACUACGACCGGUGUUCUAUCUUCUAUUAGAGAUGGGAGAUGACGUUCCAUAUUAUUCUACCAACCCAGAUGAGUUCGAACCGUGCCUAAAAAUGUUGUUUAUAGAAGCCGUGGCCAAUACACACGAUGUACACCAGAUCGAUCCAUCCUUGCUCGGGUCCUUGAUAUUUGAUCCCUUUCUAUAUUUAUCAUCAAUGGGACUGAUGGAUCCUGUUAUUAAACAACGUCGGGAGUUUCUCACGUUGUCGUAUAAUAAAACAAUCAUUCCCUUAAAAGCCUACGCUGCUCGAUACGAGGAGUUCAAAGAAUUGUUCUUCACGAAUGUUGUGGAUUACGUCGAAAACGUCCGAUUGAAUAAAACUUCAUUACAAGUUAAGGAAGAGAUUUCGUUUCAAAUACGCAUGCGUGAAAGCUUGGAACGAACCCUACCCUUAAGUAUAGUGAUAGGAUCGUUUUGGAUCAAUGUAAAACCACUUCGAGAAGCACUAAUUCAAAAGCGUCUAGAUUUAACGGCUGCACUAUUGAAAAUGUUAACGGAACGACUAAGCGCCAAAACAUCCGAUGUCGUAUCCGAAUAUAAUGAAACAUACGAGAAAAUGUGCGAAAAGCCUAUUUCUAUCGAGCAUAUUUACGAUUUACGAUCGUUCAUGGAUACUAUACCAGAGCAACUGCAAAAUUUAGAGGAUCGAAUGAAGACAAUUGUAUUUGAAUACGAAAUUUUGGAUUUCUUCCGUCACGCUCUUCCGGAUGCAGAUUUUUAUCAAAAAUGGAACGCUCUUGCUUUCCCUCAGACAAUAAUAAAGCAGAUGGUCGUCGUUCAAGAAUUUCACGAAAGCGAAGUCGAUCGAUUUCGAAAGCAGCAAGUUAGCGAUGAAGCUGAAUUUGGUGGCAAAGUUGAAGACAUUAAUGUUCACAUUUCAAAAUUCACAACAAUUUAUGAUGUUGCCAAGGUGGCAGAAAUAUCAAUUGAGGUGAAGAAACUUUGGAAAACAAUUAGUGAAUUGAUUCAAUACGGAGAAACAUUGAACAAGCGUCAAGAAUUGUUUGAACUAGCUGCCAUUGACUUGUCCAGUCUAUUUGAGCUGAAGGAAAGUUUCGAAAGUUAUAAAAACCUGUGGACUUUUGCUGCAGAUUACAUCAACGUGGAGGAAAGUUGGCGGGAGAAUCCACUAUCCAGUUUGGAAAUCGAUAAUAUUGAGAAAACAGUUAACUAUUAUAGAUUAUCUUUUGAAAAACUGAUAGACGCAUUCAAUGAGCAACCCCAAAUUGGAGAAGUCGUAGACACGUUUUUAGAAAGAGUCAAAACAUUCCAACCGCAUCUUAAGAUUAUCGAACUAUUACAGCAUCCUCUGCUAGAGCCAAUCCACUGGGCUCAGCUUGCUAAAGCUGCUGGGAUCAAAGUAAAAGUGUCGCUCGCCACGAACUUUCAAUUAUUUUUAGAACACAAAAUCCACCACCACUUGGAAGUACUAUAUGAUCUUAUUCAAAGAGCAGAAGAGCAAAAAGAAGAAACCGAGCGGAUUCAGGCCGAGCAGGAGGAGAUAAGACGCAAAGAACAAGAAUAUCUGCGCAACAGGGAGAUGAGACGGUUACAGAGGACGGAAAUUUGAUUUAUUGUUUUGCUUCAGUUCAGAAAAUAAAGAAGGCCCAAGUUAUGAAUAA